AUAAUUCGGAUCCGGGUUCGGGUCUUUCCUGCAUAUAAACUGAGAGACGGAACUCUAUUGAAGUAUCUUUGCCCUCUCUUCAAGCAAAACUAUAAGCCAGACCAGACCCCUCCGUCGCCCUACAGAGAUCUUUGAAACCCGUAGCAAUCAUGCUUACAGUGAGUGUAAAGUGGCAAAAAGAAGUGUUUCCAGCUGUUGAAAUUGAUACUAGCCAGCCCCCUUACGUUUUCAAAUGCCAGUUGUAUGAUUUAACUGGAGUACCACCUGAAAGGCAAAAGAUAAUGGUUAAGGGUGGUCUGUUAAAGGAUGAUGCAGAUUGGUCAAUAGUAGGAGUGAAGCAGGGGCAAAAAUUGAUGAUGAUGGGAACUGCAGAUGAGGUCGUGAAGGCUCCAGAAAAGGGCCCUGUUUUCAUGGAGGAUCUUCCAGAAGAAGAACAAGUGGUAAAGCUGGGUCACAGUGCUGGCCUAUUUAAUCUAGGAAACACCUGUUACAUGAACUCUACCGUACAGUGUUUGCAUUCAGUUCCAGAGUUGAAGUCUGCCUUAAUUAAGUACUCACUUUCUGGAAGAAGCAAUGAUUUGGAUCAGACCUCUCACAUGCUGACUGUUGCAACACGUGACUUAUUUAAUGAGCUUGACAAAAGUGUCAAGGCUGUGGCACCAAUGCAGUUCUGGAUGGUGUUGCGCAAAAAGUAUCCUCAGUUUGGCCAGUUGCAUAAUGGUGUCUUCAUGCAGCAGGAUGCUGAGGAGUGUUGGACACAACUUUUAUACACACUUUCUCAAUCACUUAGAUCACCAAAUUCCAGUGAAAGUCCCAGUACCAUCAAGGCACUUUUUGGCAUUGAACUUGUAAGCAGGGUACAUUGUCAAGAAAGUGGUGAAGGCUCAGAAACAGAGUCAGUUCAUUCGCUUAAAUGCCACAUCUCACAAGAAGUGAACCACUUGCAUGAAGGAUUAAAGCAUGGUUUGAAAUCCGAGCUGGAGAAGGCUUCUCCCUCUCUGGGCCGUAGUGCAAUUUACUUGAAAGAGUCUCGUAUCAAUGCUUUGCCAAGGUACAUGACCAUUCAGUUUGUUCGUUUCUUCUGGAAGAGGGAGUCUAAUCAGAAGGCCAAAAUUUUGCGGAAAGUGGAUUAUCCAUUGGAGUUGGAUGUUUAUGAUCUUUGUUCAGAAGAUCUUCGUCAUAAAUUGGAAGGUCCUCGCCAGAUCCUUAGAGAUGAAGAGGGGAAAAAGCUUGGUUUGGGAGCUGCUCAGAAGAGUGUUUCAAAGGAAAAUGAUGUCAAAAUGUCUGAUUCAGAGGGAUCAUCAAAUUGCAGUGGAGAAUCAUCUAUGGUAGCAUCUCAAGAAGAUGGUUCAUCUGACAAGGAAACUCAUUUGACUGGAGUAUAUGAUUUGGUUGCCGUGCUGACACAUAAGGGCAGGAGUGCUGAUUCUGGCCAUUAUGUGGCGUGGGUCAAACAAGAGAGUGGGAAGUGGAUUCAGUAUGAUGAUGAUAACCCUAGCCCUCAGAGGGAAGAGGACAUCACAAAACUUUCUGGAGGAGGUGAUUGGCAUAUGGCAUACAUUUGCAUGUACAAGGCCCGUGGUGUCUCCAUGUAAUUUUCUUUUUCUUUUUUUCUUAAGAAAAAAAUCAUUCUUCUUUCUAUUUUUGGCUGUAGUUUCAGGUUCUGUUUAUUUAUGUUCUUUACAGAGAGACCGUCAUGGUCGAAAGAAUGAUAAAAAUGACUACAUAGAUACUUGCAGAGUUUGCGCUGUUGUAUUAUUGAAACUUAUUAUUAUUGGUGCUGGACCCUCUUAUUCUGGCUGUGUUUUUUUAA